AAUUGUAGCAACGACUGUACCGAGCUCAGUGAUAGCGCGGGAAGCAACGCGCGCGCCGCUUGAAACAGCCAGCAACAUGAAGCUCAUCCUCCUAGCCGCAACGAUAGCCGUGGCUUCAGCCCGGCCGCGGUACAUAGCCCUGCCGUCAGACCAGAUCGCCUUCGUGGACCUCAGCUCCCUGCACCUGCGCCGGGCGCCUCGCCAGACCCUGGAACCGCCGCCGCCGCCGCAGCAGCAGCCUGUAUACCAGGAGUAUCAGGAGUACCAACCUCAGAGGACAAAUGAGCAGUACCAACCGCAGCAGUUGAAUGAGCAGUACCAGCCGAUACCGGUGCAGCAGUAUGUCCCUCAACCUAUAGCGCUGGCGCCGCAGCCUGUCCCGGCAAGGAUAGUCCAGAACCCUGACGUGUCAAGCGCGGCGUCCCAGUACGAGUCUAGGCCUCCGGACUUCGGCGAAUAUGUGGACUUUGGCGCCCACACUGGGGACAACGGCGCCUUCGGAUGGUACGCCGACUACCCAAUCAAUAACCAUCAUGAUAGCUAUAGACGGAAGUAAACUAUUGCCGCCUUAGUUUAUGUUCUUACCAAAGACAGUAUUACGAAUUUAGGCUAAAUAUUGCAACACGUGAAAUAGAAUUACCGCACAUUUGUUUCAGACGGUUAAUUCUGAUAUUUUGGCACUUUUUUUUAGGUUAGUCUUAGAUGUUUUGUAGUUCCUAGGUUUUUGAUGAAACUCGUCAAAAUAACACUGUGAUACGCACCAAGUUAGUGUUCGUAGGUUAAUUAGCAAGUACGCAAUUCAAUUUUGCAUGAUGCAGCAUACGAAUAAAUUUAUUCUUUUUUUAUCAUUUCAAUCUUCACUUAUAAUCACUUCACUUUUUAUUUCUUUCUACUCUCAUGUUUCACUUAGCUUGAUAUUUCUUUACUAUUUCUGCUAUAUAUACCUAUUUAGUUUAAAUUCAAUAUUCUGUAAUUUUAUUAACCAUAUUUUAUACACUUUAUGCACUUUGUAUCAGUUCAUAUUCUUAACUAACUACCUUCUUAACUUACCUACCUUUCACUGUUACUUUUUUCCAUAUCUUCAAACUCUUGUUUCUUACUAUGUUCACGUCUUCUCUCUUUUAAAAUAUAUUUUAUAUGAAUACUAUUUCUCUUAUUUUUCUUCCUUUUCUUGAUCUUUCUGCCUGUCUUAUCUUUUUUUAACUUUGUCUUAUCUAUUCUAUAUCCUGUUUGUGACCUUUAUAUUUCCAGUUCUUCCCUUUAAUUAGUAAGCAUUAUGUAGUACCUAUAAUGAACUAAAAAUCUCAUUUUUUCUUUCCUUUACAUGUCACUAUAUUUUUCAUUAUACAUAUAUUAUUACCUAUAGACUCUUUAACUUUUUAUUAUGAUCAUACAUUUCAUGCCUUUAUUCUUUUUUCCUUCUACUUUUUUGACCUAUCGAGUAUUGUAUGGUUUCAUUUCUACGUGUAUUGUAUUUAUCUCGACUACAUCUUACAUCUGACUUUUCUUCAUAAAAUAUUUUAUUUAAACUUUACGGUUUUCAUAAAAUUAUAUUUAUCUUCACAAUGUUUUUUCAUUUACCAAAGUUAUUCGGCCUACUCUUAUAUUUUAUUAUUUAAUGUAUUCAUUCUUUCUUUACCUUUAUUCUUCAUUCUAUCUACACUUCUUUGUAUCUUUAUAGUGUAUUCAUAUCUUUAUAAUGUCGCUGACAUCUUGAUUACUACACUAAGUUGUUUUAUCUUUGCUCUUU